AUGAUCGACUCACCCCGCCGCAUCGCCGGCUCUCUCGCCUCCUGCUGGAACGCGCGACGAUGUAUCUUUACCAACAGACGCCUAUGCCUGGCCUUUGCUUCCCUUUUCGCCAACCGGCGUCUCGUCUUCGCCAUUGCUGCCAUUUCUGUACUCGGCGCCAAAUGUGUUCACAUAUACGCGCAUGUUGCGGCCCUCCCGCCGGAAGAAAUGGCCCGCUGGGGGCUGUCGUUCUUCGCACAGGAUACAGCCUUGUUGUUGAUGCUCCGCCUGCUGCUCGACGCUGAGCUGCCUCUGUUCGUGGCUGUUGGGUGCUUACGCUUCUUGGCUACCAGUUUGGCUUGCGUCAUCACCUUUUUUCAGCAUGCUCUUGCCUCAAUCAACAUCUCAUUCUUUGUCCUGGCUGGUUCCGAGCUUCACUGGCGCAACAUCGGCCUGGCUGGAGACUCAUCGUCCUGGUCUGUGCUCCUGACCGGGCUCGUGUCCUGUUGCAUUGCCUUUGUUGCCAUCCUUGUGGCUGGUUGGCUUCUCCAGGACUUCAGUUUUGCUGUUGCCGGCAUGGCGCUCGACAUAGUCAAGCUACCUCUCACUUUCCUGUUCAGCAAGAUUCCCUACUGCUGCCGGGGCCCGACUGCGAGAGCCAGGUAUGACUACGUACCACAAAAGGAGCUUGACCCUGAGGAUGGAUCCGACAGCGAUGGGGAUUUCACUACGAGCGGAACCCGCAGGGCUCCUGAUCCAGCCCACUUGCGGGAGAACAAGCUGAUAUGGCUGCUUUAUACAGUAAUUGGAAUACUUUUGGUUACGCAGGCCGUCUUAGCCAUUGUUCGUCCCGUUGAAAGCUCACUCAUAUUCAUGUCCUGGACACCAAUUUUGCUGCCCUUUAUCGACUUCGCUCAUUCUUCGCCGACUCUGGCCGGUCUGCUCCCCUACUAUAGCCAGAGCAUUGGCUGGGGCUGGGACAAUGAGACUGCCCUGGCCGAAUCGAUUCGCUGGACCUGGCUCCCCGAAAGCGACACCCCGAUUCCUGGAUUUGAGGACUGGUAUGAAGCUGAAAUGGACCACUACAGCGCUGCCCGUGACCCCCUCAAGAUUUCAAACUUGGAACAUGACGUGCUAGCACCGCUUCGAGGCAGGCUGGGUGAUGUCGACAUUCGGCACGUCGUGCUAAUCAAGCUAGAGAGUACCCGCAAGGAUGUGUUUCCCAUCAAGAAACAUGGUCAGAUUUGGACAAAGUUCGCAGAGGCUUGGGACAAUGGUACCUUACCCAAAGAGGUGCAAGACCGACUGUCAACUCUGACGCAAAACGCAAAUUUCCUGACGGGCGAUUACGACGACGGAUUCCAACAUGACACGACUAGGCGACGGGGUGGUCUCAAUGUAAACAACGACCAUACAACGGGUACAUACACUCUCAAGAGUCUUCCGGGCACCCUCUGCGGAAUCACACCUCUGGUUGCCGAUUUCAACGUCGAGUAUGAUCACCACAUCUACCAGCCUUGCCUGCCGCAUAUUUUCAACGUGUUCAAUGCCCUCGACCACUCCAACGACUCUGCCGUGCACACUGAUGAGUAUACCAAGUACAAGUGGAGCAACGCUUUUAUGAUGUCGGUAACGAACUUCUACGAUAAGCAGGAUCUUUUAAUGCCCAAGCUGGGAUACAAGGGGGAGGAGCUUGUCAACAAGGAGUAUCUGCAAGGAGAUGACGCCAAGUUUGGCAAGAAUACUAUGCCCGAGAUCAACUACUACGGCAUGGCGGAGUCUGCCGUUGAGGAAUACAUUCGUGAUGCUUUUCGGACGGCCAACGAGAAAAACGAGCGACUGUUCCUCUCCCACCUAACUAGUACCGCUCACCAUCCUUUCAAGAUGCCAGAUGAGGAGACAUAUGUGCCCCUGGCCCCCGAAGGCAAGCUCGAGGACCUUUCACACUACGUCAACACUGUUGGAUUUGUUGACCGAUGGCUGGGAAAGAUUCUGGACAUCAUCGAGGAGGAGGGCUCUACCAACAACACUCUGGUAGUCAUGGUGGGUGACCACGGGCUGUCGGUUCCCGAGACCGGAGCUGUCACACCCUAUUACCAGCCUAACGUGGGCAAUUUCCACGUCCCUUUGGUCAUGUCACACCCAAAGCUUCCUCCCAUCGACAUCAACACCCCAGUAAAUUCCAUCUCUAUUCUGCCCACGAUCCUAGACCUGCUCGUCGAGACGGGCUCGCUCUCCCAGUCUGAGCGUCAAGCUGCGUCUGACCUGGUGCGCAACUACGAAGGCCAGUCACUCAUCCGACCACUUCAGACGUCGUCGAAGCAUACCGGCCAAGCCGACUGGCAAUUCACCGUCAUGAACACCGGUCGAGCUCAGGUUGCGACGCGCAGUGCGCGAGAGCCCGACUGGCGCUUGGUUGUCCCCGUGAUCAAGGACAUUGAAUGGAUAUUUACCAAUCUCAAAAAGGAUCCGUACGAAAAAGAUGGGGUUGUUUCAUUUGACUUUGUCACCUUUCUUGACAGCGUGGAAAAGAAGUACGGAGCGGAUGCAGCGAGAUGGGCCGAGCAAGCUUCAUUCAUGACGAGGUGGUGGGUUGAUGAAAAUGCAAAGCGAUGGCGUUAUACCCCCUGA